GUAAAAUGUACAUCUCUAAGGCAAUAAAGCAGCUCUUGAAAUAUAUUCAGCGCCAAAUGGUAGAAAGGACGCAGGAACCAGUCGAUACAAAGUCGAAAUCUAUAAUCGUUGAGAACGAUGAGGACUCAACGUCAGACGUAGAUGAGAUUUCGCUCAGUUCGAGCAAACGUAAGAGUGUUUCGAUACACCCCGGUAAUGAGCCCAUUCCACCUCGUAGACAGCUUACAGUAAAGUCACAGGAAUCCUGCUCCGCGGGGUUGACCGGCUUCGCAGUAACUGGAGUUGCCAUGUUCGUUCUCAUUGUGAUUGCCUGGUUUAUAAUAAUGCAAAUGGAUUUCCUACUGCAUUUGUUUACAGAAAUUUCUGAGGCCAUCUUCAGUACCAUCGGUUAUAUUCAAUAUAGAAAGGGCCUACCGGCAGAAGAACUGGAUACCACCUACUAUUCCACUAUAUGAAGAGAUCGUAGCUAGGCAGUAUACUUGUAUUACAAGUAUAUAUGUAUGUGGAGAGAGCUGCUUGUUGUUUGACAUUAUAUUUCGGAUUAUUCAUACUUACAUAAAUAUAAUUUUUGCUCCAUCAUAA